CCGGCUGGGCCCGGCCGCCGGCUCCCCCGGCGCGGCCAUGGCGCCCAGCAGCGUCCUCCUGGCGCAGUGCGUGUGCUACUUCCUGGCCUUCCUGUUCAGCUUCGUGGUGGUGGUGCCGCUGUCCGAGAACGGCCGCGACUUCGGCGGCCGCUGCCUGCUCUUCACCGAGGGCAUGUGGCUGAGCGCCAACCUGACGGUGCAGGAGCGCGAGCGCUUCACCGUGCAGGAGUGGGGCCCGCCGGCCGCCUGCCGCUUCAGCCUGCUCGCGGGGCUGCUGUCGCUGCUGCUGGCCGCGGCGCACGCCUGGCGCGCGCUCUUCUUCCUCUGCGAGGGACACGAGGGCUCCUUCCUGCACGCCUUCCUGAGCCUCCUGGUCAGUGCCUUCGUGGUCUUCCUCGUCUUCAUCGCCGGCACCAUCGUGAGCGUGGGCUUCUCCAUGUGGUGUGACGUCAUCACCGAGAAGGGCACCCUGCCCCACAGCUGUGAGGCGCUCCAGGACAUCGACCUAGAACUGAGCGUGGACAACUCCGCCUUCUACGACCAGCUGGCCAUCGCCCAGUUCGGGCUCUGGGCCUCGUGGCUGGCCUGGCUGGCCGUCACGGUGCUGGCCUUCCUGAAGGUGUACCACAACUACCGCCAGCAGGACCUGCUGGACAGCCUGGUGCACGAGAAGGAGCUGCUGCUGGCCAGGCCGGCCGCCCGCGCCGCCUUCCCGGGGGACAGGAGCGCCGUCAUCUAGGGCCCAGCGCCCACACAGCCCUGCAUGCGCCCCCCACCCGCGGGCCCCUCCCCCUGGGGAGCCUGUGCUCCACCCCAUCCCCAGGACCCCUCCCCCCUCCUGCGCUCCUCCCAGUCCCGACCCCAUGCUGUCUCCACGCCACUUGUCCAGGAGGCCGCUGGACGUUGCUCUUGCCCCUGACUGCCAGGCGGCUGGGGCCCUGGUCUGUGGGGAGCCCCGGAGCUGCAGCAGGGCCCGAGGCCAGGGGCGGAGUCGCCUUACUGCGGGUGCUGGCUGGAGGGAGCAGGCCUGGCGCCGCGUGGCCGCUGCGUGGACAGUGCCCCUUCAGGGGCCCCCUCUCUGCCACAGGACUGGCCUGCGUGUCCGUCUCACUGUGCGGCCCUGUGGCGGGAGGCAGCGCAGCAGGUGCAGCCACGGGUGUCUGCGUGUGGGUGUGCACGUGUGACUGCAUGAGUACAUGUGAGUGUGUGGGUGUGCACGCAUGUGAGCCUGUGUACAUGGUGGGGCUCCCUGUGCUGGGCUGCCCCCUUGCACCCCUGUGGGCUCUGUACUUGCAGAGCCCGACCCCCAAGGGGAGGGAGCUGCCUUCAGAAUCGGUGUGGCCAAGGAACACAGGGCAGCAGCGGAGCCGGGAUGUGAACCCGUGACCUGUGCUGGAGGCUUUUCCUCCACUCAGCACAGAGCACUUGGGGCUGCUUGGCUUGGGCCCCUUCCUCCAUGGCGUCCCCAGCUGGCAGGUCCUUCCUGCCUUCCAGGCUGGGAGGCAGCGGUUUUCCAGAGGGCUGGCGGUGGUGGGGCACCUGCCAGGGUGCUGUGUGGGCGGGGCACCUGCAAGGUGCUGAGUGGGCGGGGCACCUGCCAGGGUGCUGUGUG